ACAUACGCAAUUAAAAUGCAACAAGUUUCGAUAUUAAACGGCUGCGUAAACUACUCGCUGUUGCUUUUGCUGUUCUUGCUGCCGAAUUCGUUUGCCCAGCUCCAUAAUACACAAACGAAAAUCAUGGCCAACACAGAGGGAGGCAAUCUGGCCGAGUUCUCCCAACGACUGGUCGAAUUCUCUAACAACUUGUAUGGCAAUCUCAUUGCACUGAAGCCCAACACGAAUGUCGUCUUCUCGCCCUUCUCGAUACAAACCUGCGCGGCCAUGGCUCGCCUGGGGGCCGAGGGCGAAACAGCCGCCCAACUGGACCGCGGCCUUGGCUUGGUCUCCAGCGAUCCUCAGCAAAUAGCCGAGAGCUUCCACCAAGUGCUCGCCGAAUACGAGAAGAGCUCCAUAUUGCGCAUCGCCAAUAAGAUCUACGUGCAGCAGAACUACGAGCUGAAUGACGACUUCAAUCGGCUGCUCUCGAAACAGUUUCUGUCGGCGGCGGAGAACGUGGAGUUCGCGCAAAGCGUUAAGGCGGCGGGCAUCAUUAACGCGUGGGUGGAGCAGCAAACGAAUAAGCUGAUCAAGGAUCUGGUGCAACCUAGCCUGCUGGACGCGCAGACGCGUCUGGUGCUGAUCAAUGCGAUUCACUUCAAAGGCAACUGGGUGCACCAGUUUCCGGAGCACGCGACGCGCAGUGAGAGAUUCCAUUUGAAUGAGGUCGAGGGCGUGGAGGUGCCCAUGAUGAAUGUGAAGGAGCGCUUUCGCUAUGCCAACCUGCCUGAACUGAACGCCGCCGCCUUGGAGCUGCCCUACAAGGACUCCGAUCUGUCCAUGCUAAUCCUGUUGCCCAACAGCAAGACGGGCUUGCCGCAACUGGAGCAGCAGCUACGCGGCACGCCCCUCUCCAAGAUCACCGAGCAGCUGCAGAGCAACCAAGUGGUUGUCAAGCUGCCCAAAUUCAAAGCCGAAUUCCAGGUGGAGCUGACAUCCGUCUUCAAGCAGCUGGGCAUGACGCGCCUCUUCUCCAACCAGGCCGAGUUCGGCAAGAUGUUGAAGAGCCCCGAGGAAUUGAAGGUCUCGGCUAUCAUACACAAGGCCUUCAUCGAUGUCAAUGAGCUGGGCACCGAGGCAGCCGCGGCAACGGCCGCCGUGGUGCGCAUGAAGCGAAGUGUCAUUUCGAUUGAACAGCCGAUCCAGUUCCAUGCCGAUCAUCCAUUCAUCUUUAUGCUGAACCACAGGGAGCAGCUGCCCCUCUUUCUGGGCGCCGUCGUUCGACUUGAUGCCGCAGCAGCAACAGCAACAGCAACAACAAAUGCCGCCAGUCUGACUAAGCGUAAAUGCGGCAGAAAUAGCAACAAGUAGACGCGAAACGGAGAAGCGUCGUGCAAUUAAGAGAGCAACAACAACAAGCAAUGCAUAGUUAAAUUUAGCAGCCGAGUUCCACUUUCACUCGGCAGCGACACCGACACCCACCGAUGUGCCCACCCUCCUCUCUCUCCUUUGCUCGUUCGCUCGUGUUUGAGUUGCAUGUUAUUUGUAUUGAGUGCGUGCCGUGAUUUUUGCGUUGGCACGAAUGGAAAUGAAUAUGCGUAUAGAUAAGUGUAAAACGCAUAGCAAACUUGAAGCGAAUUUGAAUUGAAUUGGUUAACUGCAGCAAGCAAAAUGUAAGUUAACGAUAUUCUAAUGGAUGAUGAUGCAUCAUUUGAGUACUCGCCCUGUCACCACCACACAGCACACAGCACGCGCACAUCUCUAGCGCUGACAAACGUUUGUCUCAGGGAAGACACUUGUGCGCUUUUUGUCAAGAUUUAAGUUAAUCGCAGAGGCAACGGGCAACAUCGGCAGCAGCAGCGGCAGCAACAGCGACAGCGACAGCAGUUUGAUGAACCUAAGUACAACAAGUCAGUCCAAUCACGAUGACGAUGUAUUUGCUGUUGUUGUUGCAUGCCAUUGGCAAUUAUAGUAAUGCUUAAUGACAUCA